AUGUAUCUGCAAAAAAGAAACAUCGUCCUAUUUGGCGAAACCGGUUCGGGUAAAAGUUCUAUCAUCAACAUAAUCGCGCAAAAGCAGGUUGCGAAGACAUCUAAUGACGCACAUGGAUGCACUUCUACCGCUCAACGCUACCCAGUAGAAAUUUCAGGCCAGCAAUUUAUCCUGGUUGAUACCGCAGGUCUCUACUUUGGGAAUGCAGACACAGUGCCGGUGGCGAAAGCAGAAAAACAGUUGAAAAGUUUGUUGCGUGAGCUCAUGAGCUCUAGGCCAGGUGGAAUCAGCCUUCUGGUGUACUGCAUGCACAGCACGAUUUCCCCUGGUGCCCUUGUCAAGGCCUACAACAAGUUUUACUCCGAAAUCUGCCAGAAGAAGGUUCCAAUUGUCAUCGUUGUCACAGGAUUGGAGAAAGAGGCUCACAUGGAUAGCUGGUGGGAUACUAACCGGGACAAAUUCGAAGGCUUGUGUCUUGCAGACCAUGCUUGCGUUACAGCGCUUUGGGAACACCCAAGCUUCCCAGACCGCAUUACUCGCCAUAUUUCGGAGUCGGGCGACAUUCUGCGCAAGCUGCUUUUGAACAAUCGCGCGGAUUUGGCGGUUGACGAUUCAGUGGUCAAUAAAAGGUGGUUGAAGCAGCUAGGCGGCAGGAUUGUUAAGAGGAGAUGA